AUGGCUCGCACAUCAAAGGACUGGUCAUCAAUUUUAUCCAUCAUAACUGGCCAAGCUACCAAAGGGAAGGAAGAAUUGUCUUUCUUCUCUAUUCCUGAGUACAAUGAGUGGAGAAAUAAUACAGACAACUGGAAAACGUUCAAGAUUAAGUACUACAAAGGAUUGGGUACUUCAACGUCAAAAGAGGCGAAGGAGUACUUUUCCGACAUGGUCCGCCAUCGUAUUCGUUUCAAAUAUGGUGGCGCAGAAGAUGAUACCGCUGUCGACAUGGCGUUUUCUAAGAAGAAGAUUGAGGAACGAAAAGACUGGCUGACUAAAUGGAUGGCUGAGAAAAAAGAGCGUCGCACCAGAGGAUUGGAAGAGGAGUAUCUUUACAACAAAGACACCCGCGCAGUUACAUUCAGUGAUUUCGUAAAUAAAGAGCUUGUGCUCUUCUCAAACACCGACAAUGAACGUUCAAUUCCGAGUCUUGUUGAUGGCUUUAAACCUGGUCAGAGAAAAGUGAUUUUCGCUUGUUUCAAGCGUGCCGAUAAAAGAGAAGUGAAAGUUGCUCAAUUGGCGGGUGCGGUAGGUGAACUAUCGGCAUACCACCAUGGUGAAGCAUCAUUAAUGGGUACCAUUAUCAAUUUAGCACAGGAUUUUGUUGGAUCAAAUAACAUUAAUCUGCUGCUCCCCAUCGGUCAGUUCGGUACUCGACUUCAAGGAGGAAAGGAUAGUGCCUCUCCUCGUUAUAUUUUCACUCAACUUAACCCGGUCUCGAGAACAAUCUUUCCAGUUUUUGAUGAUCACGUUUUACGUUUCCUCUUCGAAGAAAAUCAAAGAAUUGAACCAGAGUGGUACUGUCCUAUCAUACCUAUGGUAUUGGUUAAUGGAGCGUCAGGUAUUGGAACUGGAUGGUCCACUUCCAUUCACAAUUACAAUCCUAGAGAAAUUUGUGAGAAUAUGCGGAAAUUAAUCAGAGGAGAGCAGCCGAAGCCAAUGGCUCCUUGGUUCAAAGGAUUCCGUGGAACUAUUGAGCAACUUGAUCCUUCCCGCUAUGUCUGCUCUGGUGAAGUUGCAGUACUGAGCGAUGACACCAUUGAAAUUACGGAGCUUCCCAUCAAGACAUGGACCCAGACAUACAAAGAAUCAGUUUUGGAGCCAAUGCUUGAGUCGAGUGAUAAGAAGACACCUUUAAUAACCGACUUCAAAGAGUAUCAUACCGAUACUACUGUACGCUUUGUCAUCAAGUUAGCGGCCGGGAAGUUACGAGAGCUUGAGUCUGAGGGAUUGCACAAGGUGUUCAAACUGCAAACUGUGCUAAAUACAACAUCAAUGGUAUUGUUUGAUGCUGCUGGCUGCUUGCGCAAAUUCAACACCCCAGAAGAAAUUUGCGCUGAGUUCUUUGAAACUAGGAAAUUGAAAUAUAUUGAGAGAAAGGCGUUCAUGGAAGGAAUGCUGAAAGCCCAGUCAAAUCGGCUAACAAACCAGGCUCGAUUUAUCCUGGCCAAAAUCAAGGGAGAGAUUGUUAUGGAAAACAAGAAGAAAGCCGCUAUAGUGGAACAACUCAUUAAGAAAGGAUUUGAUCCGGACCCAGUGAAAAGAUGGAAAGAACUUCAGAAAAAGAAGGAGUUGGAGCAAAGCGGUGAAUACGAUGCGACUGAAGAAGAGGAACAGCUAGAGGUGGUUUUGUGUUAUAAAGUCCGUUUUUGAGU